GAAUUAAAAAGGAACUAGAAGAAGAAGACGCUUGCAUUCUGAUGUCUUUUCAACAUAAACCAUAGCUAUUUAGCUUCCAGUCACAGACUCUAGUUUGUUGUUUUUUUUUAAUAUGCUGAAAAAGAAAGGAAGUGGUUCGGAGAAGAAAAGGAAACACUCGCACUCUGAGGAGCGACAGAGCAGCAACAACAAGCGCCGUAGCUCAGAGUCCCAGUUAGAGGACUCCAAAGAUGAACUCGCUGACCCUGAGCUGGACCGUGUUGGCAGUGACAUCGAGGAAGGGGGACUGGACCUCAGCGUGCCCUUUCAGCCCAUCAAGGCCUACAUCAGCAACAAGCGUGAGAUGCUGGAGCAGUGUUUCCAUGUGUUAGGGGAGAAGAAGGUGCGAAAGAUGCUGCCCGAUGAGCUCAAGGAGUGCAGUUUAGAAGAAAUUAAAACACUUUGUUGGGAGCAGCUGGAGCCCAUCUCAGAAAGAAACCUCACUCAAAUUUUAGCAGGGGAAGAAAUAACAGCUGGAAGCAAUGAUGGAGGGACUUUAGAGAGCCAACAGGAUAAUAUUGUUGACUCUACGUCUUGCUUGAAAGAAACGACUAAAACCGAUGAGGCAAAGCAAGAAGGUGCAGGCUCCGGCGAGGAGAGCGACGUACUGAGCAUAAACGCAGACACUUAUGACAGCGACAUCGAGGGGCCAAAAGAGGAGCAGGCUGUCAAAGCUGAUGAGGUGGCCGCCAAGGGCAGCGAAGAACGAUCUGACGCAGCCUCCAUUAACUCCGAAUUGGCAGCUCCUGAUGCAAAGAAGGACAUUCAGAAUGACAUAGACAAAAGCGUCAGUGAAAUCUUAGCCCUGUCUUGUACUUCAAGGAAAGAGGAAGCUGUAGAGCCGAGCGACGGGAAGACGCAGCCUGCAGGUGUAGAUGCAGCCGUUCAAGGUGAAGCCACAGUUUGUUCACCAUCAGUUCAACAGCUGGAGCUGCUGGAGUUGGAGAUGAGAGCGAGAGCCAUAAAGGCUCUAAUGAAGGCUGGUGACAAAAAGAAACUUUGUAUGACAAACAUUUAGCUUAUUUUUUAUGAAGUGUUUGGUUCUAUUUAAGCAUUUCUGUUAAUGUUUGAGUCACAACUACACUGUUAGGUUGUUUUUUGUAUUUGAUGAAUUUUGGAUGACUGUAAUUAAAACUUUAUUUGUCUGCA